AUGCUUCCAAGUCCAAUGGGGGGUUCCACCAACAAAGGCUUGAAUGAUAGUGGCUUGUUGCUGAACAUUCCAGAAGAAAUUGACAUGGCGGACUUUUCGGAGGUUUCGGAAGGGGACCCUUUUGGAUACUCAAUCCAAUGGAACGACUCGAAUAUAUGGUAUAAUGUUUCUUUUAGUGGCAACGAUAAUGAUGAUCAUGACGAACAGAGCGUACAAUCUACUAGAUCAUUAGAGAGUAUACAAUCGGCUAGAUCACGAGUGGACGAAGCCUUUAUGCAAUACACACGAGUGGAGAGUGCAGCCUUGCAAAUUCAGAGAAGCUUUCGAAAGAGAAAGCUCGAUCGAGAGCAACUGCAAAAGAAUGGAAACGAUACCUCGGACAAUGAUUCGGAUUCUGAGUUGAAGGAGAAGGAAGUUCAAGAGGAGGAGGAGGAGGACAGCAGAUCGUACACGCUCCUUUUAUUGGCACUCUUCGCAUUGGUUCCAAUGAUUAUGAGCUGCGUAGCAUUUUUUUCAAAGCGCUCGUGGCAAAGCAAUGACACUCCGGAUGCCAUGCCAAUGGAUGGCGCCGCCAAUGGGGCCACUGGAGGUGCACCAGCUCCUGGUGGGAAUGGGGGCGGAGGUGGUGGGGGUGCUGCACCUCCACCGGGACUGGAAGCCAUGGCUGGACAAGCAGCUGGGGCCGCAAGUUGUUCUGCUGGUGCUGGAGCAUCUGCAGGAGUUGCUGCGGGGGCUGCUGCCACUUCCGCCGCGGCCACUGCCACGGCAGCUGCUGGGGCUACCGCAGCAGGAGCAACAACAGAAGUGGUGGCUGUCGUGGCUGUUACUUCUGCUGUGGCAACCGCUGCUGGAACAGCGGGUAUCUUGACGCCUGCGACACCUGCCGAAGUAAUUCUUACCAAAUGCGGUCUGAGGAAUCCCCAAUCACGAAUCGGCAAAUUCACCAUGGUAUUUGAAGGCUUCCCUCGAGCGCUGGAUGGAAGAGAAACCAACAUUUUAGAAGGAUUGGUAUUGAAUGCCUACAACGACCUUACUAUUGGAACUAACUUCACCGAGACAGGAAGCUGUUUGGAUCCACUGAAAAGAGAAAUGAUAGAAGUCAAUAUUCUGGAUCAAGAUUUUGCCCUUUUGAUUGAAGGAUUAGAUGGGAAGUCUUAUUUGGAGAUUUGGUUUGAAACCAAGAUUGUCUGCGACAAGUGCAUGGUAUCUCGUCCAUUGUUCAAGAGCAAGACGAAAAAUUGUCGGAGGAGUUCCCUAAAAAGUUCCCUUUUCUUUCGAGAUUCCCCGUGUGAAAACGUUACCGAGGGAUCAUAA